AUGGCACGGAGUCACCAUCGCAUUGGACAAGGCCUUCAGGCCUCGCUUAUAAGCCUCACCCUCGUACUCGCGCUUGUCGCGCUCUCUGCAGCCCUCGCUUCCGCGUCCGUGAGUCCCGCGCGCCCACGCAACCUGCUUGCCUCCGCACUAGCAGACUUCAAAUCGCGUGGCGACUUGAAUGGGAACAGCAACGGCGGCUCGAGUCCCAAGCCAGGUGCCAGUGCGUCGUCCGUUAAUCCCGGCGGCCGCGUCGCGCGGCUUCACAUGCUGUCGAAGGAGCAGACGCGAGUCGAUGCCUGGACGGGAGUCGCAAGCCCCGACGCGGGGAUUAACCCCCAGUUCUACAACUGGAAUGUGGUGCUUGUCAAGUACUGCGACGGCAGCUCCUUCACGGGCGGUUCGGGCAAGAAGAACAAGACGGAGGAGACCGGCAAGACGCUCUACUAUAGGGGACACUGGAACUUAAACGGCGUGCUUCAAGAUCUGCUGGACACUCAAAAUCUGAACCACGGGGAGGAGGUGCUGGUGGGGGGCUGCAGCGCGGGCGCGGUGGCCGUGUCGAUCAAGUGCGACCAGAUCGCCACGUGGCUCGAGGAUUACGGCAUCAAGACCAAGUGCUUUAUGGAUGGAGGUUUCUUCCCAGACGUGGUGGAUGUGAACGGCGAGCGGUCGCUGCGGGAGAAGGUGCAGCGGCUGGCAACACUGCAUGACAUCGACCGGAUUGGGAUCAACGGCGACUGCAAGGAUG